UCUGGAAAGACUCAGCUCAGUCUCUCAGAGCAGCGGAGGAAGAGCAGGAACCAUGUCCUUCAUCAGAGUAGAGCCAGACUGUGACUUCUCCUUCCACAACCUCCCGUAUGGAGUCUUCUCCACGGCCGACAACCCUAGACGGCGCCUUGGUGUGGCCAUUGGAGACCAGAUCCUGGACCUGAGCGCGGUCAGGAGUCUGUUUGUGGGUCCAGUGAUGUCCAGACAUCAGGACGUCUUUGAGCAGCCCACACUGAAUGCCUUCAUGGCUCUGGGUUACGAGGCGUGGAGGGAGACCAGGAGGACGUUACAGUCCCUCCUCUCAGCCAAUGAGAGCGCUCUAAGAGACGACGUCAGUCUCCGCAGCAGGGCGUUGGUCCACCAGAGUGCUGCCACCAUGCACCUCCCUGCUGACAUCGGUGAUUACACUGAUUUCUACUCAUCCAAGGAUCAUGCCACCAAUGUUGGCAUUAUGUUCCGGGGGAAGGAAAACGCUCUGAUGCCAAACUGGUUGAGGCUUCCAGUAGGGUACCAUGGCCGUGCGUCCUCUGUUGUGGUUUCUGGGACCCCCAUCCGUCGACCCUGCGGCCAGCAGAGACCCGACCAGACCAAGCCUCCAGUGUUCGGCCCCUCCAAGCAGAUGGACAUUGAGCUGGAGAUGGCCUUCUUUGUUGGAGGGGGAAACCAGCUGGGUGAGCCCAUUCCCAUCAGCAAGGCACAUGAACACAUCUUCGGCAUGGUGCUCAUGAAUGACUGGAGUGCCAGGGAUAUCCAGGCGUGGGAAUAUGUUCCUCUGGGACCUUUUCUGGGGAAGAACUUUGGGACAACAAUAUCACCCUGGGUCAUCCCGAUGGAGGCACUCUUACCUUUUGCAGAGCCAAACGCAGUCCAGGAUCCUGAACCUCUGCCGUACCUGCAGCAUAAAGACCCGUACACCUUCAACAUCAACCUGUUUGUGUCUCUGAAGGGGCCGGACAUGACCGAGGCAGCCAACAUCUGCACUUCAAACUUUCGAUACAUGUACUGGACCAUGAAGCAACAGCUGACCCAUCACACCGUCAACGGCUGCAACGUCAGAGCAGGAGACCUCCUGGCUUCUGGGACAAUCAGUGGACCUAAUCCAGAGAGCUUUGGUUCCAUGCUGGAGCUGUCAUGGAGAGGAUCCAAGAGCAUAGAUCUGGGAGGAGGGAAGACUCGGACCUUCCUGAAUGACGGAGACAAAGUCACCAUCACAGGUUACUGUCAGGGACGGGGAUACCGGGUGGGCUUCGGACCCUGCCAGGGAACCAUCCUGCCGGCCCUGCAGCACUGAGAGACGCCUGCGUUGCAGCAUUUACAAUACAUUGAAGUGUUUAUGGAAUAAAAAUCCUGAUGAACACUAGGAAAAAGUGAAUGGUUUGUAGUAGAAGAUGAUGACCUGACCACAAACCCCUGUACUCUAUGAAUCAAAAGGUUUUCCAGAAACACCUCAUAUUUUAGGAAAUUUCUUUAAAUAAAGACGUCUGUUGUUAA